CCUGAUCAGCUUGACCAAUUCUCUCAUCGCAAAGCCCGGUCUUCCGGGUGUUUCUCCUCCGAGAUUAAACGCAUGCGGCCUUGUGAUAGUCGCGACGUUUCAACAUGACGCGAUUAAUCCUACAUUCCAUUCGCCUCCCCCACCAUCUCUGCUUUCGCCUUGGGCCUGGUGGCCGAGCCAUCCGCUGCCAUUCGCAACGAUCGCCCGGACCGGCAAUAUGAUUCGCCCCCCGCCCUGCCCGCCAUGUGCUCGCGCUGCACUCAUUGUGGGCAGCUGAUCCGCCGGCAGCACGUUUCCGCCCGCGGCGUGCCUGCGCCCUGCUCGCCACGCUUCUCUAGCGAACGUUCCGAGAUGUAGCAGGAGCCGCCGAAAGACCACCGGUAGUCACUGCGCAGCCAAUGUGCGAGCCCGGCGAGUAGCACGCGGUCCAAGUAUAUAAUGGUGGCAUUGUCAACGGGGUAUCGAGUGACGAGUCGCAGCCCAUCGCCCCGGCGGUCUUCCUCGAGCCCGACGCGACUUCCAGCCCUCAGUCUCCCCCGCUGUACCGCUGCUUGUUCAAUGGUGUCCUCCGUAGUCAAGGCCUUCGUGGCACUCCUUGCGGCCGCCCUCGUCACGCCCGCCACGGCAUUUCCGGCUCCUGCCAAACGGCAAACCCUCUCUGUCCUUACCGCAACCCAGAUUUCUUCUUUCAAGCCAUAUACCCAUUAUGCGAGCACGGCGUAUUGCCAGCCCGCCAACACCCUUGCGUGGAACUGCGGAGCGAACUGCGACGCGAACCCUUCUUUCGUCCCCGUCGCGUCCGGCGGAGACGGCGUGCUGACGCAGUUCUGGUACGUCGGAUACGACCCCACCCUGGACGAAAUCAUCGUCGGCCACCAGGGCACCAAUACCAAGGAGCUCCUUCCUAUUCUCGAAGAUAUUAGCUUUGUCCCGGUACCCCUCGACAGCAAACUCUUCCCCGGUCUACCUUCGGGCAUUCUCGCCCACAACGGCUUCUCGGGCUCGCAGGGGAGGUCCGCGGCCGGCGUUCUCGCUGGCGUGAAGACCGCGCUAGCCAAAUUCAGCACCAACAAGAUCACCGUUACGGGACACUCGUUGGGCGCAGCAAUCGGCCUCAUCGACUCCGUCUUCCUGCACCUGCAGCUGCCGUCGCAGACGAUACGUUUCGUUGGGUACGGCCAGCCGCGUGUUGCGAACCAGGUCUUCGCGGACUACAUCGACGCGCUCCCGAUCUCGGUGACGCACGUCAACAACAUGGAGGACCUCGUCCCCAUCCUCCCCGGACGCUUCCUCGGCUUCCACCACACCUCUGGCGAGGUCCACAUCCAGGAUUCGGGCUCGUGGACGGUGUGCCCUGGCCAGGACAACACCAGCACGGAGUGCACGGUCGGUGACGUCCCGAACAUCUUCGAGGGUAACGCGGACAAUCAUGACGGACCUUAUGACGGUGUCGAGAUGGGAUGUUGAUGACGAGACCACGGGCUUCGGCGGUGUUGGUACAGUUUUUAUUGCACAGGAUUAGUAGCGAAUAUCAUCAACCUAAUGACAAACAAGUGAACUAUACCCUGCGACGCGUGCCUCCACGAGAUAGAUAUGCAAAUAGGAAUAGGGAAGAUAGAGAGGGAGAAAGGAGUGUGUGCAGAGUAAGAUCGGGGGCACUCUUGAAAGGGAGAAAGCGACGUAAGGAGUGGGGUGGGGUCUCGAACCGUGCGAGCGAAGUUGGGAUGAUGCCGAGUCGUGAUUACUGGCUCUUGAGUUGCUUGUCUUUCUGCUUCUGCCUCCGCGC